AUGCCUCUUCAGAUUAGGCUUGGUGGCUCUUUAACAGUCAUUGCUCUAUGUCAAGCUCCAUUUUUACUGGAUGAUCCAAAUGUGGGACUCAUAUUCCCCGCUGAUGCAAUUGCAAGGGCUAAACAGUUGCUUGCAAUGACUUCUGGAGGUCUAGGUGCUUAUAGUGAUUCCCGUGGAAUUCCUGGUGUAAGGAAGCUAGUUGCAGAAUUCAUUGAGAGACGUGAUGGAUAUCCAAGUGAUCCAGAGCUCAUAUUUCUCACAGAUGGUGCUAGCAAAGGAGUGAUGCAGAUCUUGAACAGUGUCAUUCGUGGCCCAAGUGAUGGGAUAUUGGUCCCUGUUCCCCAGUAUCCACUAUACUCUGCUUCAAUACAAUUAUUAGGGGGUUCUCUUGUUCCUUACUACCUUGAAGAGACUGCAAACUGGGGUCUUGAUAUCAAUGACCUUCGCCAAUCAGUUGAACAGGCACGAUACAAGGGAAUAACUGUACGAGCUAUGGUGAUUAUAAACCCUGGGAAUCCCACUGGACAAUGUCUUAGUGUAGCAAAUAUUAAGCAAAUAAUUCAAUACUGUCACCACGAAAAUUUACUAUUACUUGGAGACGAAGUGUAUCAGCAAAACAUUUACCAAGAUGAGCGCCCCUUCAUAAGUGCAAGAAAGGUUUUAUUGGAUAUGGGCCCACCCAUAAGCAAGGAGCUUCAGCUUGUUUCGUUUCACACUGUCUCCAAAGGAUAUUGGGGUGAAUGUGGACAGCGUGGAGGAUACUUUGAGAUGACCAACAUUCAUCCAAGGGCUGUUGAAGAAAUAUACAAGGUUGCUUCGAUAUCACUCAGUCCAAAUGUACCUGGACAGAUUUUUAUGGGGCUCAUGGUGAACCCACCUAAACCUGGAGAUAUCUCAUAUGACCAAUUUGUUAGAGAGAGUAAGGGUAUCCUCGAGUCAUUAAGGAAGAGGGCACGCAUGAUGACUGAUGGUUUCAACAGCUGCAGAAAUGUUGUUUGUAAUUUCACAGAAGGUGCAAUGUAUUCCUUCCCGCAAAUACGAUUGCCUCCUAGAGCAAUUGAGGCUGCAAAGAAGCUUGGGAAAGUUCCCGACAUUUUCUACUGUCUGAGGCUGUUGGAAGCUACUGGCAUCUCGACUGUCCCUGGUUCAGGUUUUGGUCAAAAGGAAGGGGUGUUCCACCUAAGGACAACCAUCUUGCCAGCCGAAGAGGACAUGGCUGCAAUUAUGGAAAGUUUCAAAAAGUUCAACGAUGAAUUCAUGGAGCAAUAUGAAGACCACAGAGGCUAUUCCAGGAUGUAAUGAAAGAUGGUUGGAGUAUUUAUUGUAUAUGUUUUCUUUUACAACUACUGCAAUUCUCAUAAACUCUUUUCACAAACAAAUUAUUGUACACUACUUGACCGUGA